AUAGAAACAAAGAUAUACGUGUUUCAGGUGCUACGAACGAAUCGAUGGCUUACCGAUGUGUUUUGAGCUGCGAUUCUUGGUGUCUUUAGGUCGACUUUCACCUCUGAGCUCACUUCCGCAGCUGGAUUUGAAAUUCGUAUCAUGGUUUAAGGCCUUUUGCUCGGAUUCGAACUGAACUUUCACUGUUCAUAAACGAUGAAGAGCGAUUCGGUCGUCGUUUUGCUGCUACGAUUUUUAGAUUUUUGUUCGAUUAUCAGUAACGUUUGAGCGAUUCUGGUUUCUGAAAUCUAUUUGUGUUUCGGCGUAUCAAGUAGAGGCCCUGCGGCGAAGUCUAAAAUUCGUAUUUGAGCUCUUUCCAACCCAAAUAUUGAAUUCUGUACUUGUAUUUGAUAUCAACUGUGUUAGCAAUUUGUUAUUUGUGCUCUGAUUUUCAACUGCGAUUUGGGGCGUGCUCUUUGUGAUUUGGGGCUUUUUUCGAUUUCUGAGCUGCUUGGAAACGAGGACGAUGGCUGGGGAUCGUUCCAGCUCCAAAAAACAGGGGAAGGGUAUGCAAACCCCUUCCAUAAGUACCAGGUCCAGGGCAGCAGCAGGAUUUAAUGUCUUGGAAGGGCUGGAUGAGAAUUUCCCUACCCUUACUGUUGGAAAUUCUGGGACGAAGCUUUCUGGGAAAACUGCAGCAUUGCAGGUUGCUGCUAUUGAUGGGGGGACUACCCCGGCCCAGGGCAUUAAUGGGAAAAGUGCAGCACUGCAAGUUGCUGCUAUUGAUGGGGCGACUACCUCAGUCCAGGACAUUAAUGGGAAACCUCUACCUGCUGGGAAUCCUUCUGCUACUACUGAGGUUUUAACUGAUUUUACUAAGCCUAGGGUCUUUGAGCUGGUCUCACCUGCUGCUGGGACAGUUCCACCUGCUGCAGGGAGUGAGAAGAAGACACCUCCCGGGAAGUCAAGUGCUCCAAUGCCUCCUGCGCAGCCUACUGUGGGAGUAAUAAAUGAGAUACUGCCCCCGAUGCCACGGGCAGAACCUGAAUCCUUAAAGUGGAAGGCUUUGUUUAAAGAUAAUCGUGAUCCAAGCCACGGGUUUAAACUAAGAUAUAUCCCUCCUAUUGGUGAGUCUUUGGAUUUUGGGGAUCGGGUCUUACCGACUAUGGUUGAAAUGUGGGGGUUUUGCCUUGUUGGACAUUUCACCGGGAAUUUUCCCGGACUCAAAGCAGUUCAUGACCUUAAAGCAAAAUGGGGUGUCAAGUGCCUUGUGAGGUCCCACAAAAAAGGUUGGAUGAUUUUUAAAUUUCAAAGUGGAGAGGAUAGAUCUAAGGUUCUACUUGGAGGACCAUACACCGUGUUUGGGAAGCUUCUCAUGCUCAAGGAACUUUCGGAAAAUUUUUCGUUUGAGGACGAAGAAUUUUUAAAAGUACCAAUUUGGGUUAAGUUCCAUGAUUUACCUAUGCAACUAUGGAAUGAGGAGGCCAUGAGUGAGGUAGCUUCCAUGGUUGGGGUCCCAAUAGCUACGGAUAAAAUCACCAAAGAGAGGAUCAACAAUGACUAUGCUAGAGUUUUGAUAGAGGUUGACAUCUCGAAGCCGCCACCACUCUCGUUUCCUAUACGGUUACCUUCCCAAAAGGUAUUCAAACAAAGUGUAGUUUAUGAAACUUUUCCUAGCUAUUGUUUUCACUGCAAAGAAUAUGGGCACCACCCAUUUAUUUGUAAGAAGUUAUGUGGGGUUGGGGAAAACAAGGAACUCGUUGUUGUUGGAGAAAAUGAUGAAGUUGGACUUACUUCUGUCCGGGCAAAAUCUGCCCAGGAGCUUCACCCGACCGGGCCUAAGCCUAGCCCGACCGGGUCCAGGGGAAAAACAGCUGCCAAGGGGCCACACCCGACCGGGUCAACCCCAAACCCGACCGGGUUACUUGGACAGACUGCCCACGAGCCUGAACUGCCUGCCGUGAAAAGGAGAUUGACUAUUGGCCAACUUAUGGGUGUGAAAACAGUCCAUGAGUCCUCCGAGGAUGAAGAAGACGAGGUAUUUUUGGAAGAAAAUGAAAGACUAGUAACAAGGGAGACCGACUUGCACCAAAAUGAUGUAGUUAUCAAAUGUGAAGUGGUAAAUGGAAAGAAGCUCAGGCUGUUUGUUAAGCCCUUUAAAUUUGUGCACACUAAUGUGAUUAGAGUGGAUACCUCCCUUCGACUUACGGAUGAUUUGGACAAAAAAGGCCUAACUUUCACCGCCAAAUGUCUUGAGAGGUUACCGGGAGUUACUAAGAAGAAAGGGGAGAUUUGCUUUGACUCAAAGUUUACUACUCCUUUCCGACUUUUCUUUGGAUGAUUAUUUAGGGACACCUUUUACUCUGUCGGAGCUGGUUUUGUAGGUUUGUUUUUUUUGUUUGGCUUCAUGAUGUUUGAUUUGUGAGAAUGUUGCCUUGAGUUUGUGGUACCCCGUGAUUUGGGAUAUGCACUUUGAGUGUACUCGUGAUGCAUUGUACUAUGCUAUUUUUCUGGAUAUAUAUACUUACAUUUUAUCCAAAAAAAAAAACUAAAUCAACCGUGUUACGGAGAUUGGAUUAAAUUU